AUGCGGAAACAAAAGCAGAAUUUGUUAGAUGAGAUCGAAUUGAAAUUUAACGUAGAAUGGGUCAGGAGUCAAAAGGAGUUGUUGGCAUGGGUAGCUAAUAUGAAGGUUAUUAGUACUUAUGAUGAGAGCGAAAAAGAAUUCACUGCAUUAUUAGUUUACGUGAUUACUUAGAAUGGUACUAUAUUUCUCAAAUUGAUGUAUGAUAUUCCUCCUUAUUUCUAUGUUGAAUGCAAUCAAGAGCACAUUACUGAAUUGGCUAUGCAUUUGGAGAAUAAAUACGAAAAAUAAAUUCUAAAAGUUGACAUUAUUGAAAGAGUCGAUUUGGAUAAAGCAAACCAUUUAAUAGGGAAAAAGGAGAAAUUUAUUAAAUUAUAAUUUCGAUUGAUUUAAGACCUCGUCUAAGUUAGGAAUCUAAUUAGGGCUAGAUGUGAAAAGAACCGCAGGAAUGUUGACGAAAAUGAUAUGCUAAUCAAAAAACCUUCUACAUCAAAGGAUAUCUAGGAUUAGCUAAUAGGAGUCAGAGAAUAUGAUGUACCCUAUCACUGUAGAGUAUGUAUUGAUACAGGGUUGAGGUGCUGCAAAUGGUUCAAAUUUGUGCUAAAAGAAAGAAGAAUAGCAGAAUGCAUAGAAGUCAAAGAGAUGAUGAGUAUGCCUGAAUUAAAAUAUCUCGCUUUUGAUAUUGAAACAUAUAAGCAACCACUUAAAUUUCCAGAUGCAAAAAAUGAUUAAAUUAUGAUGAUCUCAAUCACUCACAGUCAAAAUAGUAUCCUGAUUACUAAUAUGCAGACUUUAGGUUAAGAAGUUUAAAACUUUGAUUAUGCUCCAAAACCUGAAUUUGCAACAUAAGCAAUCAUUUAUAAUCAGCCUGAUGAGAAAUCACUUUUGCUUAAGUUCUUUCAAGUCAUUUUAGAUUAUAAACCGAAUAUUAUAUCAUCCUUUAAUGGGGAUCGUUUUGAUUGGCCAUAUAUAGAAGAAAGAUGUUUAACUCAUGGAUUUUAUUUGGAAUAGGAAAUUGGAAUUAAAAAAAAUGAAGAAAAUAACGAAUAUUAUGGUAGAUACAUUAUUCACAUGGAUUGUUUUGCAUGGGUGGAAAGAGAUGCUUAUCUCCCUUAAGGAAGUCAUGGGUUGAAGGCUGUGACUAAGGCUAAAUUGGGAUAUCAACCAAUCGAAGUAGACCCUGAGAAAAUGGUACCUAUGGCUUUGUAGGACAGUUAAUAAUUUGCAGGGUAUUCUAUAUCAGAUUCAGUUGCAACAUAUUGGUUAUAUAGAAAGCAUAUACAUGAUUUUAUUUUAGCACUUUGUACAAUAAUUCCAUUAUCACCUGAUGAGGUUUUAAGAAAAGGGUCUGGCACAUUAUGCGAAUGUCUAUUAAUGGCAUAAGCAUUUUAAAGAGAGAUUAUAUUCCCUAAUAAAACUACUACUUUGUUGGAGAGAUUCCACGAUGGUCAUUUAAUUGAUUCUGAAACAUAUAUUGGUGGCAAGGUUGAAUGUUUAAGAAGUGGAAUAUAUAGAAGUGAUAUUGAUGUUGAGUUUAAGAUUGACAAGGAGUGUAUGCAAUCAAUGUGGAGCACUGUGGAUAGUUUGAUUAGGUUUGUUGGCAAGAUUGAAAAUGAGACAUUUAGUGAAGAGGAAAUAGAAAAGUGUAGUGAACAAAUAAGAUCAAAAUUGGAUGUAUUAAUAAAUAGAGGAGAAGUAUUCAAAGAAAAACCACUGAUCUAUCAUUUAGAUGUUGCUGCCAUGUAUCCGAAUAUUAUUUUGACAAAUCGAUUAUAACCUGUGUCAAUUGUAGGUGACCAAAUCUGUUCAUAAUGCUAUUUUAAUUAGCCACAAAAUCGAUGUUAAAGACAAUUGGAGUGGUAGUGGAAGGGUGACUUCUUUCCUUUGAAAAGAACCGAAUACGAAUUCGUAAAAUAAUAGUUGGAGUAGGAAUAAACAGAAAAAGAAAGGAAGGAAAAUGAAGAGAAAAAAAAAUAAAUGCUAAAGGAGGGAUUAGAUACAAGAAGGUUAUAAUUGAAAGGAUUUAGUGAUCUGGCUCCAGAUGAAUAAAUAAAGAGAAUUAAAUAGAGAGUAAUAGAGCAUUGUAAAAAGACAUACAAAACCAUUCAUCAUCAUUCGGUAGAACUAAAAAAAGAUACAGUUUGCAUGAGAGAAAACGACUUCUAUGUACAAACAGUGAGAGAUUUUAGGGAUAGGAGAUAUGAAUUUAAGGAGUUGGUAAAAGUGUAUAAGAAUAAAUUGGAAUAAGCUAAAAAGGAAGGUGUUGGAGUAAAAGAAUGUCAUGAUUUCAUGGCGUUAUAUGAAUCCUUAUAAUUGGCACAUAAGAUCAUUUUGAACUCAUUUUAUGGGUAUGUGAUGAGAAAAGGUGCUCGUUGGUAUUCAAUGCCCAUGGCUGGUAUUGUUACUCAUAUGGGUUCUCAGAUUAUAUCAACCGCAAAGUAGAGAGUUGAUUAAAUAGGAUUGCCAUUGGAAUUGGAUACUGAUGGUAUUUGGUGUUUGUUGCCUAGUGGAUUCCCUGAAGACUUUUUAAUUAAAAGUUAGACAGGUAGGAAUUUGAAGUUUAGUUAUCCUUGUUACAUUCUCAAUGAAUUAGUAUAUGAAAAAUAUAAGAACAAUUAAUAUCAAUGGUUGAAAGACCCAAAUUCUUUCGAAUAUGGAAUUAGAAGUGAAAUGUCUAUCUUUUUUGAAGUUGAUGGCCCAUAUAGAUGUAUGAUAAUUCCAGCAGCCAGAGAGGAGAAUAAGCAGUUGAAGAAGAGAUAUGUUGUAUACAAUAAAAAUGGAUCAAUUGCUGAAGUCAAAGGGUUUGAAAUCAAAAGAAGAGGAGAGUUAUAGAUUAUCAAACAAUUUUAAUAGGAAUUAUUUUCAGAAUUCUUGAAGGGUACCAAUUUAACAGAAUGCUAUCAGGCUUGUGCAGAAGUUGGUAAGAAAUUGUUAAGAAUACUAAUGACAGGAGGAGAAGGAAUAUCGUAAUAGGAGUUACUUGAUUUGAUAGGUGAAAGCAGAGUACUUUCAAAGGAAAUAUCCGAAUAUGAUAAUAAGAAAGGAGUAGCAAUAACAGCAGGAAAGAGAAUAGCUGAGUACUUAGGAUCCGAUUAAGUCAGAGGAGGAAGUUUAAACUGUUAAUAUAUCAUAACAAAAUUACCUCAUAACACUCCUGUUAAUGAGAGAUCAAUUCCUUUACUCAUCUUUGAAUCUUCUUUUGAGACUAGGAAGAAGUACUUGAGAAAAUGGCUCAAGGAACCACAAUUGCAGGAUGAAGAUUUAACAUUGUCUAAGAUAGUGGAUUGGGACUACUAUAUAGAAAGAUUAAAGAAUACCAUCCUAAAAUUAUUAGUGAUCCCUGCUGCUUUGUAAAAUAUUGAAAAUCCUAUUCCUUAAGUAGAGCCUCCAGAGUGGUUAUUAAAAAAAUUGAGAGAGAAGGCCUCAGGACUCUAGCAAACAAAGAUAAAUCAAUAUUUCAGUUAAAUCAACAAAUUGGCACAUCAAUUAGCAUAAUUUAAAUUUUAGCCCAUGGAUAUUGAAGAAAAUAAGUAAUUAUCCAAUAAGAAGAAACUUCAAAUCAAUGAGGACAAUUAAAAGCAAUUACAUAAUCAAUAUAAUAUGGAAACAGACUUCAAAAAUUUCCUCUAGGUUUAAAAACAGAUUUGGACAAAGGAAUUUAGAAAUAAGUAAUAGAAUAAGAAUAUUAAUGGAAGAGGCAAUCUAAAGAAUAUGAUUAAGUUUAAUAAAUAACAAUUAUUAAACUCUGUUUGGUAGGUAUUAUAAUUUUAUGAAGUUGAACCAGGUUUGUUUUUAACUUGGAUCCUUCUAGAGAAUGGAACAUUGACAAGUGUGUAAAUUCAAGUUGAUAGAACUAUUUAUACAAAUCAACUCACAAAAGAACCUGAAUUAUAAACUAUUAAGAAAACCUUGCCAAGGGAUAAGAAGGUUCAUUAUCUCUACCCUUUGACUAUGGAUGAAUCUGCAUUUCAAUUAGAACAUAAAUAAUUAUUUCAAUACGAAGCCAAUCCAAACACCGAGAGUUUAUACGAACAUAAAAUCCCAUUAAUUUUCAAAUUAGUUACAGAAUUAGGAGCUAUGUGCAAAGUUAAUAGAUAGUAUGUUUAAUAAUAAAAAAAUGUAUUCAAAUUCGAGGAUUUACAAAUCGUUUACGAAUAACCUAGUCAAUAGUAGUAUUUAGAUAGAUUCUAAAAUUCGUUCUAUCAAUCUUCAUAUAUCAUACUUCAUUUAUAAUUAUAAGACAAUUUUGGAGUGUGGUCAGUGUUCUUUAAUGAUGAAGUCUUGAUCAUUAUUGUAAGGAAAUCUGAAGAAAAAUUAAAUCGUUAAGACUUAAAUCAGUAUAUUAAGUCAGUUCAAGAAUAGUUCGAAUUCAAAAGGAAAUAAUUGAACAAAAACUUCGAAAUGCCAAUCCCUGAAAAGAAUAAAAUCACUGUUCAAUCCAUGAAAGAUGACAAACUCGCAAUUGACUACAUUUCCAACAAUUUUGAGACCCGUGGUCAAAGCAUGAAGUUAUGUAUUCUACAAAGCAAUAAAGAGUUGACCUAUUUACAAAGUUAAGGCUUACAAUUUUUAUGUCUUAAAAUUCCUACUUUUUGCAUUCCAAAUCUUCACAGGGAAUCCAGAAAAGAAUUUCAAUGGGAUAUCAACACAGUGAAAUAAUAAUUAGAAAGUUAUUGUAAACUUAGGGAAACCAUUGCUCAACAUAUAAAAUAUUGUAAAUAUGUAAAAGUCCCAUUAUGCAAUCUUACUGCAUCAAACUUAGGGAAAACAGAUGUUUUUAAGACAGAUAUUGAGAUGUUAAACUAUACAACUGAUAUUUUCUUCCAAAGAGUACUAAGACAGAAAACAUCUUGUUUAUCAUGGUAUGGCAGUGGUUUAGGCAGAGACAAUAGAGAUCUAGUUCCUACUGAGUUCACUAAGACCUACUUUGAUAAUCCUGGGAUUUAUAUUGGUUACACUUGUGAAAUUGAUAUCCUCCAUUUCUCCAUUAAUACAAUUGCUUAAUCAGAAGAAAUCAAAAAUUUAGACAAAGAAGCAAGUUAAUUGGUUGGUUAAAAUGGUAAAUCAGAUAUGCUUGAUAAUUUGGAUGAACUUGGAGGCGCCAAAAUUGCAUUUAGAUUAUUAUAAAUGUUAGUCUCCUCUUGGUUGGAUGAUAUCUACGCUAAAGGAGAAAAAGUCUCAGAUGAUCAUAUCCUCAACAUCAAUAUAUGGAUCUAUUCAGGCUUAAGUCCUCUUUAUGACCCAUACUUGGGAAAACUGUUAAAUAGACUGAAUUUUAAGUUUUUCAGUAUACUUACUAAUAAAUUGAAGGAAUUUGGUAUAAAAAUCGUUAAAGCAUCUCCUACAAAAUUGCUACUUUAUACUGGGAAAUAACAAAAGGACAUGGCCAAAUCCUUAAUUGAAUACAUCAUUAACACAUUUCAAUAGUCAAAUCUAUUUAAACAUGUAACUUUUAAAGCAUAAAAAUUCUUUACUUCUCUCAUCUACAAGGAUAAACAUAAUUAUCUAGGGAAAGAUGUUGAUUACAACACUGAUGAUGUUGACUUCGAUUAUAAAUUAAAAUUAUAAGACUUUUUGCCACCCAUAUUGUCCUCACUUUUUGUCCGUUUGCUUUUUGAAAUUUUACUUAAAGUGGAAGAACUUAGAAGUAGUCAAAUCGAAGAAAUCAAUAUAUUACCUACCAAUUUACAAAUCUCGAGAAUUACUAAUUUAUAAACUGACAUUAUCAAUCUCUUAGUAUAAUACAUUAAUAGCUCUUAUUCUUAAAGAAUAUAUGAUAUAAUAAUCGAUUAAUCUGAGAAAUACAAAAAAGAAAAAUAAAAUUACGAAACCUAUUUAGAAUAAUAAUAACAAACUGUGGCGUUGACAGGUAAAAUGAAGAGGUGUAAUAUUGAGGAUGAUGAAGAAAUGUAACAAGAAGUACAAGAGGACUACGAAUAAGACUCAUUUGUAGUUGGGGAUGAAGACUUAGAUGAAACUCCAAAAUAAAUAGAAAUUGAAGAAGAAUUAGAAUUUUAGGAAGAUGGCAAAGUUUCCAAUUUCCCUAAAUUAUGGCAUCUUAGAAGUGCUCUUGGCUCUAGAAUUGAUUUGGAAAAGCACGAAUAAGCCAUACUAAGAACAUUUAUCUAUCUCUGUGCAAUCUUGAGUGUAGAUGAGGAAGUACAUCAAUAAAUGAAAAGGAUCAAAAAUGUUUGUUGCAAAACAGUUAAAGUUUCUGAAUCCUCUAAAGAAGCUGAAUUUGAAGAUCCAUGUUUUGAUUUGAUCUUGCAAAACGUUCCUUGUUAUUAGUGCUAUAUGGUUUAAGAAGUUAAUGUUUUCAAGGAUAUAUGGAAAUGUGAAGGAUGCAAAAAUGACUACGACCUAGACACCAUGGAAAAAUUAAUAUGCCAAUUUGUAGAAUAAUAAUUGUUAUUCUAUUAAAUUCAAGAUCUGUAUUGUGUCAAAUGUAAAUAAACAUAGGAUUAUUCAUUCUAAAAGAUUUGCUCAUGUUCUGCCUAAUUUUAAUUAAAAUCUGAUUAAUUUGAAAAAUGCUUUAUCAGAACACCCACAUAUUUUUUUGAUAGUUUAUUAUAGUUAUCAAUAGAGAAGAAUCUUCAUGGAUUAAAGACAUUAGUUUCCUCAAUAAACACUUGA